AUGGCGCGCCUUAAUGGGACCAGACUUGGUGCUUUUCGGGCAUACUUCUUCGGUUUCUUUGUCUGCACGGCGGGUUUCUUGUUUGGAUAUGAUACCGGCAUUGUGGGUGGUAUCCUCACCUUCCAAUCCUACAAGGAUGACUUUAGAUACAACGACAAGACCACCGUGAGUGCAGUCAUGGUCAGUCUGCAGAAUGUCGGCGCUUUCCUUGCCGCGCUCUGCAUCUUCCCCAUCUCCGAGCGCUAUGGUCGCAAGAAGACUGUCCAGGUGGCCAUGUUCAUCUUCUGCGUGGGCGUCAUUUUGCAGGUCGUCCCGUCGCAUUCCCUGGUGUGUUUCUAUAUCGGCCGUUUUGUCUCGGGUCUCGGCCUCGGCGGGGGUACUGCAGUUGUACCGUCGUAUAACGCGGAGAUGGCCCCCAAGGAGAUCCGGGGAAUGUUGGGCUCUGGUGUUCAGUGGCUCUUUGCACUGGGUGUCAUGAUUAGUUACUGGAUUGAUUAUGCGGUGCAGCAGACUCUGCCCGUUUCGUCCGCGCAGUGGCAGAUCCCGAUUGGUCUGCAGCUGGUGCCAGCGACUGUCCUGGCCCUUGGUCUGUUCACUCAGCCCGAGAGUGUGAGAUGGCUGGCCAAGAAGGAACGGUUUGAUGAGGCCUGGCAGAGUCUAACCUGGAUGCGUGCGAGCGACGGCCCCGAGGUCAGAGCCGAGUUCAACGAGAUCCGCACUGGCCUGAUGGAGGAGCUCCGCGCCACCGAUGGCCUCAAGAAGCGCGAGCUCCUCGAGCCCGCGAAUCGCUACCGUCUCGCCCUCGCUGUGUUCAUCUUCUGUGGCCAGCAAUGCACCGGCAUGACCGCCCUUGCAUACUUCGGCCCGCAAUUCUUCAAGCUGCUAGUCGGCAACGAUGCCAGCCGAAACCUGCUCAUCACGGGCCUUUUCGGUGCCGAGAAGUUCAUCACUGUGGGUAUCUAUAUCCUCUUCUUCUCGGAGAUGUGGGGACGUAAACCCACGCUGUGGAUUUCGGCUCUGCUCAUGUCGGUGUGUUUCGUCAUCGUCACCAUUGUCAACAACACCACCCCCAAACCUCAGCAAGAGGUCACUUCUGCGGGCAUUGCGACGGUGGCCAUGAUCUUCCUUACCAAUUCCAUCUACCAGUUUAGCUGGGGGCCGCUGCCGUGGCCUUAUACCACCGAGAUCUUCCCCUCCCGCAUCCGAGAAGUCGGCAGCUCGGUCGCCGUCGCCACCCAAUGGCUCUUCAACUUCCUCUUCUCCCUCGUAACCCCCUACAUGCAAUCCUCCUGGGGAAGCUACACCUUCCUCUUCUACGCCGCGCUAGACGUAAUCAUGGCGAUCAUCGUCUGGUUCUUCGUCAAGGAAACCAAGGGUAAAAGUCUGGAAGAGAUGGAGACUAUCUUCAAUAGUAGGGCUGCAUUUGAUGUGGAAAUUGCGAGGCAUGAGGGUCAGGAAGUUACGGAUAAUGUUUCUGCGGUGGAGGUGCAUGCGCAGAAAAAGGGGGAUGGGAGUUUGAGGGGGUCGGAUGAGGAGGAUAAGGAUUUGAGAUGA